UAACUGAUUGUUUUGCAUGCGUUGUUUUUUUUAACAAUCAAAAUUUUCAAAAGUUUGACGUUCCGAAUUCUAAUCGAAGUGAAACAAUGAUUUCAUUUAAUUGGUUAAUUUGUUUGCGCAGCAGGCUGUUUUUCAAUUUGUUGGUUUAUUUUAGCUUAGUUUCAUUGUUUGUUUGAAGAAAAAACAUUGUUUUGAAUCAACUAAACUUAAACAGAAACUGAGCAGAAAGCAGUUUAGCUGUUGGAAUUUAUUGACAAUACUUCGCAAAAUAUUUAAAAUGCAAGAAUCCCUAUAAGAUAAGAAAGCCAUUUACAAAUUUGUAUUACAAUGAAUUUCCAUGUUACGAACGAUUGGCGAGUAGCCGAGUUAUUCUAAUUAAAAGCCCUGCCUAUUUAGUACAGGUGCGCAGUGACGAACACCCAUUAGUUGAUUAGUUGGCAUUGCACUCGGAUGAGUUUACUACAAAAAAAAACUUACUAUGGUGAGAUGGGAGAAGCACUCGUAAAACAACUAGGGCGAGAUUGAAGUGACGCUCGUAAAACCUGAGCAAACAGAGGGCGUCGAGGAGUUUUGCUUUUAAUUGUGUCGAUGGCCCAGAAUGGCUCAAUGCUUCCUCAGAUUAGCCUCGGCAAUUACGAAGAGAUUAAAGGUGCAAGAGAGAACAAAACAAGUGAGGUAAAUAUUUUGCCUGGGAUUAUUGCAGAGGCUGCCUCGAAAAAGGAAGAAAGAUUUGAAGUCGACAACGCAACAGUUAAACUGCCGCCAAUUGGCAUACACGUAGAAGGUCGCCAAAAUGUAAAGGAGACAAAAGCGUCAAAUGGUGGUUGUCAAGAAAGUUUUGAAAACUCCUUGCCGAUCCCUUUUGAUGAAAAAGAAACCUUGUGUUUGAAACAACUGAACAUUGAAAAGAAAUUGAAAAAUAAAGUUGAUGACUCUGCUAUCGUUGACAAAAAUUUCGAGUUGAGAUGCGAUUUGGCGUUCAAACGGUUUUCACAAAGAAUCUCGCGUGUGAAUUAUACCUAUUUUCACCGAUUUCCCUCACCACCGCCUCUUAACAAGAGAGAAAGACUCAGAAAAAAGAUGGAAGAGAGUAAACCAAAAAAGAAAACUGAUGAUUCUGCAAAACCUGUCCCUGGAGAACUAAGGCCGAAGGAGGAGUAUGCAGGAAUUCUUAAUAGCAUCGACAAGGUGCAGCGGGAGUUUGCUAAAAGACAUCGACUAAGACACCAACCUCUCAGGAUUGAUCAUUGGCUUACAAAGUGACAGAUGUCAUUGUUGCCAUGGUGAUGAAUGCCUCUCAUACCAAGAAACAACCAUUCAGGAUCAUCGAUUAGUUUGGUGGCUCGGAAGGUUUAGGGUCUUCUUUUUAGCUCAGGGAGAACUACCUCCAUCCCCUCCUCCUUCCCCUCCUAAUAACAAAACAAAACAAACACGCUCUACGCCUAGGCAGUGAAUUUUUAUUGUUGUUAUUUCCCUUCUUUUGGCAAUAGUAUCUCUAUUUCGUGAUGGGAAAUAAGCCCGCUGACUAGAAUUAUAAUCAAAGUGAGACAAUCGUCUACGCCUAGGCAGUGAAUUUUUAUUGUUGUUUUUUCCCUUCUUUUGACAAUAGUAUCUCUAUUUCGUGAUGGAAAAUAAGCCCGCUGACUAGAAUUAUAAUCAAAGUGAGACAAUCGUCUGCAAGUGUCCGCAAAAUAAUUAUGAUUUUUCUCUUCUCCGAAACGCAAGCACGGCGGUUGAUCCUGCGACUGUGCGGUCUUACCGACUUGUAUUCGCGAUCUAGGAUUAAAAACUCUAGCCUUGUGUUAGAGAUGUUUUUCGAGGCAUUGAAAUGUCUCAAUUUCUUUGAACUAAUUGAUAGAGUUGCUGAUGUAUGUGUUAGUGUCUAAAAGUGGCCUUGCUUUCAAACUUUGCUGAUACCUGCUUUUUGCUCGGAUAGCGCCUUCCAAACGCUUGCAUUCUCCUGAUAGCAUUUUCCUGUCUUUCAUCAAAUCUUUUCUCGUUAACCGAAGCCCCAUAAGGAAUUUUCCUACUCUCCUGAGAAUUCAGUCGUGUUUCAUCAUUCCUUGAAAGCUGUUUGAAGUACGAAAAACCGAUUCGUGAUGUUUCUUGCCCGAAGUAAACUUCUCCCUGGCAUUUCAUUCUGUGAUUCAGCGAAGCUCUCUUGUGUAACUCAUAUUCUUUUCGUCUGAUACGGAUUUCAUUCAGUAACCUUUCUUCUCUGAAUUCUCUCUCUAAUUUAAUCACGUCAUUAGUGAGUUUAACCGCCAGUGUCAGAGGAAGUUCAUCUGUUUGAAUCAACCGAUCUAAUUUGCUAACCGCGCUAGAAACUUGCUGGUCAUACCUAAGACUCAGAUUGAUUUCCAAUGGCGGUAAAUGAAAAUCAGUAGUUUGAGUAGUUAGAAUUUCCUUUUCACUGCUGUCAUCUUUUUCUUGUCCUACUGGUCCCCAUAGUAACGUGGUUGGAGUUUCAGAAUCCCAUUUCACCGCUUUUGCUUCUUUAGUAUCCCCUUUGCUUUUCUGACUACUAGUUUUUGGAGUUUUGUUUUUCAUUUUGUAUAAUCACACGACGUGUAGAAGGCUCGGAUGAAGGAGUGCGUUUGUUGUCGACAUUCUCUUCUUACUGUGAAAAAUAAAACAAUAACAUAAGUUUGAAACAUCAUUUCUUAAAACGGCUCUUCUCAACACUUCUUAAUACAAGCAAUGAUAUCUAUUACCGUGAAUUAGAAAUGUCGUUUUUGUGUCAAUAUUCUUCAAAGCAAACAUAAAUUUAGCUUUGCGGUAGAUAAAACGAUUACCUAGAAAAUGUACCAUAAUUAUUCAAAGUAUUAUCUGGUGGUUGCCUUUGAACGCCUACUCAACUCAUAAAA